AUGACACCUCCAAGGCACGGAGCACCUCUAAAACUUUACGUGUCAGCUUCUGAAGUAACAAUUGGUGGAAUGCUGGCUCAAGAAGAUGAGAAUGGUAAUGAAAAAGUGAUUUAUUACCUAAGUCAUGUGCUAAAUGAUGUUGAGAGUCGUUAUUCUCCAAUUGAGAAACUUUGUUUAACUUUAUAUUUUUCUUGUUUAAAACUUAAGUACUAUUUAAUUCCUAGGAAUGUUUAUGUAAUUUCUAAGUUUGAUGUUCUUAAAUAUAUGUUGUCUACUCCAAUAUUGCAUGGUAGACUAGGAAAAUGGAUGUUGGCCUUAGCAAAAUUUUCUUUACAUUUUGUUCCUGCAAGAGCCGUUAAGGGUCAGGUUCUAGCUGAUUUCCUGGUUGACCAUCCUUGUAUUGACAUUGAUGAGAGUUUACUGGAUUUCGUUGGUUUGGUGCCUUGGAAAUUAUAUUUUGACGGUUCAUGCCAUAAGGGUGGUGUUGGUAUAGGAAUUUUAAUUAUUUCUCCAAGUGGCGAGCCAAGUAAAUUUCUCUUUGAAUUGAAUUAUUCAUGUUCCAACAAUGAGGCAGAGUAUGAAGCGUUAAUAAUGGGACUGAAAUUAUUAUUAGAAAGAGGAGUUAAAAAUGUGAAAAUUUUUGGAGAUUCACAGCUUGUAGUCCGUCAAGUAUCACUUGAAUAUAGGUGUGUUAGUGAAAAUUUAAGAAAGUAUUUCAAUGUGGCUACAGAGUUGUUGAGUAAAUUUGAUAAUGUCAUUGUAAGCCAUGUUCCAAGGGAGUUAAAUCAAGAAACAAAUGAAUUAGCUCAAAUUGCUUCAAGAUAUAAGAUCAAGUCCUCAACACUAGAAAAUUAG